AAUGAUUUUGUAUUUUAAUUUUGUUUGUUUGUUUGUGGCUCCAAAAUGGAUUCUUUCAAAUUGCAAUUUGGAGUUAGCUGUUCUCUAAUUGCAUUCUUAAUGAAUAUGGCAGGUUUCGAAGAAUGCAAUUUACGAAUCACUAUGAUGACUCUUCAAAUCUGGUCAUGUACUCUCAUUCUCAGCGUCUUAGCUUUUCAUUUUCCCACAUCCUUUGCAUCAGACAAACCAAAAGUACCCAGUUUUGCUUUCGGUUGGUUGAAUGACAACAACACUUUCGAAGCGGGUGAAGUUGCGGCCAUUAAGAUUAUAGUUUUAGGAGAGUUUGAUAGUAAAGGAAAUGCUUCACUUGCUUUCAAUCCUAUACUUACAGUCAAUGGCAAGAAAGGGAACAGUUCGUUUGUUUCCGGGGUUUCUGUCGAUACUUCAGGGGAUACUUCCACUUGGAAAAUUCUCUUCACUCCAAUCAGAGUUGGGGUUUUUAAUGUCUUUGUCGCUGAUGACCCUUUUAAAGUCUUUGAUUCAUCUCUCCAUUUUAAUGCUGUAUCAGCGAAAAUUUAUCCUUCUGUUUGCAUAGCUUCAUGGAUGGGAGGUUUGAAUGAGUUUGAAGCUGGAUCAAAAGUUGUUGUCUUUGUUGUUCCUAGAGAUGCAUUUGGGAACAACGUUUCUUCGACUGCUGAAGAUUUGAAACCUCAUAAUUUUUCAGUGUCUGCACUUUAUGCAAACGGUUCCAUUGCAUGUCUUCCAAACAUCAGCCAUAUAGGUUGGAAUGAGUUUGGUUUGAUUACUAUUGAGUUUGUUGCAGAAAAAGCUGGAAUUCUUUUACUGGAUGUGAAAGGAGGAAACCAAAGCUUGAAUGGCUCUCCGCUUCCCCUUAAAGUGAACCCAGGGCCUCUUGAUGUUUCUAAUUGUCUGGCCAAAUGGAAGUUCGAGACAAACAUUUGGCAAAUAUUUUCCAAGAUGGAAAUAUUUGUUAACCAACAAGAUCAAUAUGGGAACCUUGUUUCUGGAUUAUAUGAUUUUGAUGCUGAUAUCAUUGAAAAAGAGACAAAUCUGUCUAUACCAGUUGCAGAUUUGCAAUUUGAAGAAGUCUCACCAGGAAUUCAAUUAUUAUCUUUCAGUCUAUUGGAACCAGGAAACUUCUUGCUCACCAUUUCUGAUGCGAAGCAUAAUACAAGCAUCUCCAACAUGCCAUUUUCUUAUAAUGUGUUCAUAGGUUAUUGUGAUGGAUCAGCCAGCAUUGUGAAUGGAUCUGGUUUAAAUGACUCGAUUGCUGGAGAAAUUGCAGAAUUUUCAUUUUACUUGGUUGACACUUUCCAGUAUCCUUCUUUUGUUGAAUCAGAAAUCAUUGAAGUGCAGAUAGUAAUGGAAAAUGAGUCUUUAUAUGUGCAACCGACCAUCCAUCCAAUCAUCAAUGGGAGUGGACUUGCUCGUGAACUAAGCUUCGGCGCUAUCAGGCAAACAGAAAUUGCUGCUGCACCAUCUGUUGUUUCAUUGAACAACUCAAAAGGUCUGACAAGUGCGGUUACUGUAACUUAUAAGCCUGAGAAGAGUGGGAUCUAUGAAAUAUAUAUAUUUGUUGGAAAUAUUUUACUAGGUGGCGGUCACUCGUUCAGAAAGGAAGUGAAAGCAGGAGAGGUCGAUGUAUCACUUUCAAAGGUUGUGAAAUAUGAUCUGAAGGUUCCGAAGAUGAUUGAAAAUGAAAUAGAGGUGCAACUGAUGGAUGCAUUUUCUAAUCCUGUCUUAUCUCAACAGUCGCUGCUAAACCUGGAGGUUUCUUCAGUUAACAGGUCAGGUUUUUCAGUUGGGAAGUUUGUGGAUAAUAAGAAUGGGUCAUAUACAUGUCAAUAUCUAGCCAAGGAUGCUGGCACCUAUGAAAUGUGUGUUUCAUAUGAUGGAAAGCGUUUCACGCCCUGCCCCUUUGGCGUCAAUGUCUACAGUGAUGAAUAUUUUCCCAAAGCCAAUGAUGAUAAUAUUGAUGUAUGGGAGGAUGAAUCUAUUGCCUUGGAUGUUUUAGCGAAUGACUACUAUGCUGAAAACAAUGCAACUAUUGUCGAGUUCUCAAAACCAGUUCGUGGUUCACUUUUACAAUAUGGACAUCUGUUUCGGUAUACUCCCUAUCAAGAUUAUUUUGGAAACGAUUCUUUUAUGUAUACAAUGGCUGAUGUGAACAGCAAUCUUGCUUCUGCUAUUGUGAACAUUUCAAUCCUCCAUAUUCCUCCCCAGUUCAUUUUAUUUCCAAGUUUACUGCAAGCAACUGAGGACAUGAUUAGUCCCAGUGGUUUGUCAGGGUUUGAGGUGAAAUAUUCUGAACCAAUGGAGAAAAUUGCAGUCACUUUCAGAGCAGAUUCUGGGACCCUGUUCUUGUCUCCUAUGCUGGUUCAGUUUUGGCACCCAAUUUGGGAAGAUUUUUCUGUCAAGAAAGAGGAUGGUGAUGCCAAGAGUUUAAUCUUACAGGGUUCAGUAGAAGUAAUUAACCUAGCCAUUCAAUCGAUUCAAUAUCUAGGUAUUGAUAAUUUCAGUGGCGGUGAUACUAUCAGAGUUUCUGCCAGCAACAUAAAUGGGAAAAAUGAUGUGGAAAUUCCAACUUUUGUUGAACCUAUCAAUGACCCUCCAUUUAUUAAUGUCCCUAAAUUUAUCAUUUUGAAUGGAGACGGAGAUAAAGCAUUGAUCUUUGACAAAUCUAAAGAUAAGUUUGAGUUCUGCGUUGGAGAUCCAGACAUUCUCAACUUUCCUGGCGAAGAGUCUCAUUUUAUAGUCACAUUUUCUGUAGAAGUUGAUGAUGGAUUUUUGGUAACCAGUCUAUCAGCUGAGCUCAUAAAUACAACUGAACUGAAGCUAAUGAAUAGCUACCAAUGGCAAUCGCUUCAGGCGUAUGUUUCAAUAUCUAAACAUUUUACGGUGAAAGCUAAUGGCAUCAGAUUCCGUGGAACCAUUAAUGAUUGCAAUCUUGUAAUGCAACAACUAUCAUAUCAUGGCGGAGAAAAUGGGGGUGUUUUAACAGUGAAAGUAAAUGAUUUGGGUCAUUAUGGUUGUUAUUUAGAUUGCAGCGAAAAGGUUUCAAUACCAUUGCAGUCUGAGGCUACUAUAAAUCUUAUAUGGAGAACCCCAAUGAGUUCCUUCACAGCUCAGACUCUUGGAUCAGCUGUCAUUCUUGAAUUCCUGGUGGUACUUUGUCUUGGAGUUGUUGUUCUAUUUUUUACAUGCAAAUGUGCGAUUCUUCUCACAAAUGAAAGACGAAAACUCGAGAACUCUCAGCAAAAUUUGGCUGCAGAAUAAUCAGAAGGAAGGUGCAAGAGAGCUCCAGUUAUUAUCAUUGCUUAUUUAAAGACACUUGUAACAUGACUGUAGUCUGUUAUUUCUGACUCGCUAAAUUUGUAUGUUUAGAUUACGAUUUGUAUGAUAUAUUAGAGAUACAGAUUUCUCAGCAGAAGACAGAUUCAAAAAGCGAGGUUUUGCAUAUCCUCUCUGCGUGCAUUGAUGUAUCGAUGAACUUGACUAUUGGAAUCACUAUAUUGAAUGGCAUUUUGUAGAUGAUGUUUAUUGGUUUA